UCUAAGUCUCAUGAGAUGUAGGGCUUGUGGGAAGGAGCUGUUCCUCCCGUGUUUUGAUCGGAUCAGCUGGCUUCCUGCCUUAUUUUUUUCUACUGCCUCCUCCCCCCACCCCCUGGCAGAAUGGCUGCCUGUCUGACAGAUAUUUCCUGAGCUUCACAAACCUUCGGCUCCCCCACCAGAGAUACCCAGCUAUCGUCUGUGAGAUUAUCCACUCGUGCUCACUGAAAGCUCGUUCAUGAUUUCAUCAGACAGUGAAGACGAACUGUACACCGAGAGGACGGCUCUGAUGUCAGCCAACGCCUCUGCAAUGCCCUCCUACCAGGAUAAGGAUGGGGCGCCUGGCUCCGCCAACAUACAGGCUAACCGGCGCCGAUCAGCAGCCACUCAGCCCACAAAUCCUGUGGAGGGGAGCAGCAGUGCAGAGGGUGGGCCUACAAGCAGAGAUACAGUUGGAGAGGCCGAGGAGGAGGAGGAGGAGGAACUGAUCCUGAAGUACGGGGCAAAGCAUGUCAUCAUGCUUUUUGUGCCCGUCACGCUGUGUAUGGCGGUGGUGGUGGUGACGAUCAAGUCAGUCAGCUUCUACACAGAGAAGGAUGGGCAGUUAAUCUACACCCCAUUUACCGAGGAUACUGAUUCCAUUGGACAGCGUAUCCUCAACUCCAUCCUGAACACAUUAAUAAUGAUCAGUGUUAUAGUCGUAAUGACUAUAAUUCUUGUUCUUCUUUACAAGUAUCGGUGUUACAAGUUUAUCCAUGGAUGGCUAAUUCUCUCCUCUCUCCUGUUGCUUUUCCUCUUCACAUACAUCUACCUGGGUGAAGUGUUUAAGACGUACAAUGUGGCCAUGGACUACCCCACCCUGAUCCUAAUCAUUUGGAACUUUGGAGCAGUAGGAAUGGUUUGCAUCCACUGGAAAGGACCUCUGCAGCUCCAGCAGGCUUACCUCAUUAUGAUCAGCGCACUGAUGGCCCUGGUCUUCAUUAAGUACCUACCUGAAUGGUCAGCCUGGGUCAUUCUUGGCGCAAUAUCCGUUUACGAUCUUAUAGCAGUGCUGUGUCCUAAAGGUCCCCUAAGGAUGCUUGUCGAAACAGCACAGGAAAGGAACGAACCAAUAUUCCCUGCCUUAAUAUACUCCUCCACCAUGGUUUGGUUGGUGACGAUGGCAAAGCGAGAUGUGGGCACUGAGGAACCUCUGAACAACACUUGUAUUGCAGCCAAUUAUCCCGAUGUGGAGAUUGAGGCAAAUCACUAUGCUGCCCAAGGAUCGGAUGAUGUUUCUGAUAUGCCUCAGACGCAAAUCCAAGGAGUGCGCCAUUCAGCUGCUGUGGGAGAGGAACUAGAGGAAGAAAAGGGUGUGAAGCUCGGCUUGGGGGACUUCAUCUUCUACAGUGUCCUAGUUGGCAAGGCCGCAGCGGGUGCCAGCGGAGAUUGGAACACAACCUUGGCCUGCUUCAUUGCCAUUCUGAUCGGAUUGUGCCUCACCCUCUUGCUGCUGGCCGUGUUUAAGAAAGCCUUGCCUGCGCUCCCCAUCUCAAUCACCUUUGGCCUGGUGUUCUACUUCUCCACUGACAACCUGGUGCGACCUUUCAUGGACACACUUGCUUUCCACCAGUUUUAUAUUUAGGAAGCAAGGGGCCCCUCAGUUAAAACCCCAUCGCGUUCAAGCUGAUGAUGGCCACAUGCAGGGCUGGGGGAAACGUGAGCACUGAUGUUACAUUGCAGAGCUUCAAAAGAAGAAAAAAAGAGAGGAAUUAUCAUUUAUAUAUUCAUCAUAAUGCAAAUGUUCUAGCCAUGUUGAGAGACAAGCAAAUUGCUCAAGAUUGAAUUUUACAAAAUGUCUUUAUAGAAAUAAAAGGUUUAGAAGUAA